AUGGCAGUAGCUUCUUCUUCUUCCAAUGAUCGUCUUGAGCUAGUAGCAGCUGCAUUAACCAGUCUAAUACCAGGGAGUAAAGUCAUUACUAAAGAUGAUCCACUGUAUACAACACUGGAGGAUCCAAAACCACUAACAUACCAGCUAUUGAGUAAAAAUGUAAUUGUGGAGAGCAGGCCAGAGCCUGAACCAGGGCUAGUUGAACCGUUUGAAGAAACAGAAUUAGAUUGGGAAGAAAUUAAGAACCAGACUUCAAGGCGUUCUCGUUUAAUUGCAACCCCAACAGAGAAAUUUAUCAUGACAGUUAAGUUCCUCAAUGGCCAAUCCUACAAAUUUCAAGUAGACCCAAGAGCUACAGUGUAUGCAUUAAAGUGGUCCAUCUUUAAGAGUAAAGGGUUUGAUGAGUACUCACAGUAUGAUGUUAAUAACAUUGUACUCACCUUUGAGGGAACUGAGCUCAAUGAUGACGAUCAAUUGCUGACAGACUAUGGGAUUCAAUACAUGUCAACCGUAACAGCUGCUGUUAAACUAAGAGGAGGAGCCGGACCAGAUAUCUUCGUAUUAAAUGAGGAAUUUAUGGAUCCAGGCUAUGAUUUUGACUUCACAGACAUUGAUGAUAGCGGCACAGAGUUCAAAAGAGGUGGUCAUGUCUACAAGCGACCGUGUGGCUGGAAUAGAUUAGCAAUCAAAGUCAAUGGAAAGUUUGAGAAUGAUGACUGGUUGGGAUGUUCAGGCCUAGAUAAUGAAUGGCCAGUCUCAUAUCAUGGAACAGCAAAAGAAGGAGCAGAAGGUAUCACAAAAAAAGGAUAUGAUGAGACAAAGUUAAUUAGAGAUCUUCAUGGAGUAGGCCAUUACUCUACUCCUGACGUUACCGUUGCUGCUGGAUAUGCCACUUCAUUUUUAUGUAAAGAUAAACAAUAUGAAGCUAUAAUGCAGAACAGAGUUAAUCUUGAAAAGUCUAAGAUAGUACCAAAGGAAAAGACAUAUGCUGGAGCAGAGUAUUACGUGACACCAUCUGCUGAUGACUUACGUGCAUACGGAAUAUGUAUCAGGGAAGUGAACUUUUGA